UCACUCUUACACUCUUCAUUUCUUAUAUAUUCAUUCAUUUCCACUCGAUAAACCUCAAAUUACUCGUCCUCAUCUCCAUGAACGCCAGGAUUUUACUCCUCUAACUCUCUCCAUUCAUCCUUUCCGAUCUCUUUUCUUCACACUCGAGCUAACUCACGUUUCCAGGUUGCGGGACUAAAAGGAUGGCUGGGGAGCUGGAGAAGCCAUUGUUGGAUCCUGAGAGUUUUAACCGUGAUGGAAUUGACCUGGAGCGGUUACCAUUGGAUGAAGUAUUUGAACAGCUGAGGACAUCACCAGCAGGGCUUUCAUCUGAAGAAGCGGAAGCUCGAUUGAAGAUCUUUGGCCCUAACAGACUAGAAGAAAAGCCUGAGAACAAAUUCUUGAAGUUUCUAAGUUUCAUGUGGAAUCCCUUAUCAUGGGUUAUGGAAGCAGCUGCAUUGAUGGCAAUUGUCCUGGCUAAUGGAGGAGGGCAAGGUCCUGAUUGGCAAGACUUUGUAGGGAUUAUUUGUCUGCUGAUAAUCAAUUCAACAAUUAGUUUUAUAGAAGAAAAUAAUGCUGGUAAUGCAGCUGCAGCUCUUAUGGCACAUCUAGCUCCAAAAACCAAGGUUCUUCGAGAUGGACGCUGGCAAGAGCAAGAUGCAGCAAUUCUGGUACCGGGUGAUAUAAUCAGUAUCAAGCUUGGAGAUAUCAUUCCUGCAGAUGCCCGCCUUCUCGAAGGAGAUCCUCUGAAAAUUGACCAGUCAGCUUUAACGGGUGAAUCCUUGCCUGUCACGAAAAAGACUGGGGAUGAAGUCUUUGCUGGCUCUACGUGUAAGCACGGAGAGAUUGAGGCUGUUGUCAUAGCAACUGGAGUUCAUUCCUUCUUUGGAAAAGCUGCACAUCUAGUCGAUUCAACUGAAGUUGUUGGUCAUUUCCAGCAGGUUCUUACUGCAAUUGGUAACUUCUGUAUUUGCUCUAUUGCUGUCGGUAUUAUUCUGGAAAUAAUUGUCAUGUUCCCGAUACAACGUCGAUCAUACAGAAGUGGAAUAAACAACCUUCUUGUUCUCUUGAUUGGAGGCAUACCAAUAGCCAUGCCAACUGUUUUAUCUGUCACACUUGCAAUUGGUUCCCAUCGACUUUCUCAACAGGGUGCUAUUACAAAGAGAAUGACAGCAAUUGAAGAAAUGGCUGGAAUGGAUGUCCUCUGCAGUGAUAAGACAGGAACUCUUACCUUGAAUCGUCUUACAGUUGACAAAAACCUUAUUGAGGUUUUCCACAAAGACAUGGACAAAGACCAAGUUAUCCUGCUUGCUGCCAGAGCAGCAAGAGUGGAGAAUCAAGAUGCCAUAGAUGAAGCCAUUGUUAACAUGCUUGCUGAUCCAAAAGAGGCUCGUGCAAACAUCCAAGAAGUGCAUUUCCUUCCUUUUAAUCCGGUUGAUAAGCGGACAGCAAUUACAUACAUAGAUUCGGAUGGAAAAUGGUAUCGUGCCAGCAAAGGUGCUCCUGAACAGAUUUUGAAUCUCUCCAUUGAAAAAGAAGAGAUUGCUGAAAAAGUUCAUGCCAUUAUUGAAAAGUAUGCUGAGAGAGGAUUGCGGUCUCUUGCCGUUGCUAUUCAGGAAGUUCCAGAGAAAUCAAAGGACAGCCCUGGAGGUCCUUGGAGAUUUUGUGGGUUGUUAUCCUUAUUUGAUCCUCCAAGACAUGAUAGUGCUGAGACUAUCCAUAAAUCACUUAACCUUGGUGUUAAUGUCAAAAUGAUCACAGGUGAUCAGUUGGCAAUUGCAAAGGAGACAGGCCGAAGACUUGGCAUGGGAACAAAUAUGUACCCAUCUUCCUCAUUGUUGGGUCGUCACACAGAUGAGAAUGAAGUUAUUCAAGUGGAUGAGCUCAUAGAGAAAGCAGAUGGAUUUGCUGGUGUAUUCCCAGAACACAAGUACGAGAUUGUGAAGAUUCUUCAAGAGAAUAAACACAUAGUGGGAAUGACAGGGGACGGUGUAAACGAUGCACCUGCUCUGAAGAAAGCUGAUAUUGGAAUAGCAGUUGCAGAUGCUACAGACGCUGCAAGGGGAGCUGCAGAUAUCGUAUUAACCGAGCCAGGCCUAAGUGUUAUUGUCAGUGCUGUUUUGACUAGCCGUGCUAUUUUUCAAAGGAUGAAAAACUAUACAAUAUAUGCUGUAUCUAUAACUAUUCGUAUUGUGCUUGGCUUUAUGCUCCUUGCAUUGAUAUGGGAAUAUGACUUCCCUCCUUUCAUGGUUCUUAUAAUUGCAAUACUGAAUGAUGGAACCAUCAUGACUAUUUCACAAGAUAGAGUGAAACCAUCUCCAAAACCGGACAGUUGGAAGCUAAACGAGAUAUUUGCAACUGGUGUCGUGAUUGGAACAUAUCUUGCUUUGGUUACCGUUCUGUUUUAUUGGGUUGCCAACAGCACUGAAUUCUUCGAGACUCACUUCAAUGUGAGAUCACUAGCUGGAAAUACUGAGGAAAUUUCUUCUGCUGUAUACCUUCAAGUCAGCAUCAUUAGUCAAGCUCUAAUCUUUGUCACCCGCAGCCAAAGCUGGUCUUUCUUGGAGAGGCCCGGGUUUCUUCUCAUGUGCGCGUUUGUCGUGGCUCAGCUAGUUGCUACACUGAUAGCUGUAUAUGCAAACAUUGAGUUUGCAUCAAUUAGCGGCAUAGGAUGGGGAUGGGGAGGUGUGAUAUGGUUAUACAGCUUGGUAUUCUACAUUCCUUUGGAUAUCAUAAAAUUCUCAGUUCGAUAUGCAUUGAGUGGAGAAGCAUGGAACUUGUUGUUUGACAGAAAGACUGCUUUUACUUCAAAGAAAGAUUAUGGAAAAGAAGACCGUGAAGCCAAGUGGGUACUUUCUCAGAGAACUAUUCAAGGUUUGAUGUCCGGAGACUUAGAGAUUCGAAAAUCUUCUCUCAUUGCUGAGCAAGCCAGGCGUCGUGCUGAAAUUGCCCGGCUAAGAGAGAUUCACACUUUGAGAGGACAUGUAGAGUCAGUUGUGAGGCUUAAGAAUUUAGAUGCUCUUCAAUCUGCUCAUACAGUCUGAUGAGACUAAAAGAGGCAAGUCCAUUUACAACAAUUUUCUAUUGAGGUUUUAGAACUUCAAGCUCGUUUUCUGUUCUGCACAUUCUAUAAUUCAUUAAAUUCCGGGUAUAAAAGCUCGUGUUUAUAGGGCGAAGAUCAUGUUGUUUUCGAAUCCGUCUUGUUUCCUCUUCUAGUUUUGUUUACAUUGUGUAGAUUCUCCUACAAAAUAAAUGCACCAAAGUGUUAGGGUGUAUAGUAUUUUGUCGCCCUAGAAAGAUUUAAUGUUAUCGAUUUUGUUGUUGCUUUGAAUUGUGCUCCAUAACCCUUUGUACCAAACUUUGUAAAAAUUGUAUCUUAUUAAUAAAUCCAAUUAUUUUGUGA